CAUGUGGGUUUAAUGCAUUUCUGCUGUGUCAUGUCAUUCUUAGGGCCAACCCCAGCCCUCCCCAGAAGCGUAAGUGGCCGAGCCGCUGUCUGGCAGCAGGCAAAGCGACCGCGUCCUGCCUGACAUGGCCUGACUCGGGUUCAGCACAAUGCCAGUGCCAUUGCAAGACAAAGGGCUCUGUAUGGUGCCGCAAGGCCGUACAGACCGCUCAUACAGCAAGACCGCCUUCCUGCUGGAAGAGGCGCCGCUGGAGCACAACGUGCGCUUGAAGGCCGUGAAGCAGAUCCAGCGGGCGGACGCCUACUACCGCUCCGACAUCGGCUGGCGCGCCGUGGAGCGGCUGCGGGCCGGGAAGCACUGAGCGGCGGCGUGGUGUUAGUUGGGGGAGGGGAAGGAGCAGCGCGGCGUGUGUGCGGAUACGUGGGUGUAUGGGUGCGGCUGUGUGGGUGUGCGGGUGUGGGGUUGCGCGCGACGGGGGUUGGGAUGUUGUGGGAGCGAGCUAUCCUUACGGCCCCAUGGAUUUGACAAGCCGGCGCUGGGUGGGUGGGCGAUGGACGGGUUUGGGCAGAGGCGUCCUCGCGGUCGGGACGGAUGGCGCGCGAGAGAGUGGGGCAGGGGAGAAGGCAUGUUGAAGGGAGUGGGGUGUGGGAACAAGGGAGGAAGGCAUGUUGAAGGCCGGCGCCCAGGAAGAGUGAGGUUGACGAGCCUGUGCCGAAGACACUUCUGUGCGCUCCAAUAUCCC